UAUUGAUAUGACUUGUGCAUGUUCAUAAACAAAUCUAGACUAGUAACCUAGUGUCAAUGGAUUUUGAUAUUAAUAGCUCGUCUACAAAUAGUUUCUUAUCUAAGGAACUUGAACUUAAAGAGACAUGGUACAACUUUAUUUAUUUAAGGAUUUCGCUGUAUUGAAUUAGUUAAUCAUCGGAUAAAAAUUCCUUCAGAUGUUCACUUUGAAACCGAACGAAGACUCAAAAGAUACAAGACUGAAGAGUUCCGGUCAACCAGGGGACGUAAGUAGAUGGGGCUUCAGACAAGACCAACUUUGCAACACUGGACAAUCUCAAACAUGUAAUGGAAAUAUAGAAUGCCAACCAACUUGCAGUAACUCUAGAACAUCAAGGAUUGACGAUGAUCAAUUUUAUGGUAAUCAUGAGACCCAGGAGUUUAAAGAAGAAGCAGAUCUACACAGACAUUAUGCCAACUGUACAAAAAAUCCGGGUCACAAAGAAUUUAUUAACAUAGACAAGUUCACCUUAAACCAUCUACCAGCCAACCAUCGAGAUCAGGACUUGUACGAUCUGAUUAAAGCUAUGGCAGGAUUGACAGUUAGAGUAAAUCUAGAAAAGACCAGCCCAAACAGACCAGAGUUUUGGCCAAACACAACAAAACCGUAUCCAUUUUUUAAAGGCAGUAGAUCAGGGACUGGAAUGAUCUGGAAUGUCGAGAAAAGGAUAGAUGAAGAAUAUUUUGACUCACUGCCUGGCAAUAGACGGAUAGGAACAUUGAGAGACGGUCUACUGAACAUGUUUGAUGUCCAUACGUUCAAACAGACUAAUGGGCAGGUGAAAGUAUCAGAUGAAGAUUACGAAUCGGUGACAGAUGAUGAUGAAGAUUAUGAACCAGCUGCAAAUGAAUAUGACGGAAACGAGCCUGUGCCGCAUGGAGACGAAGAUAAUGAUCACGUGAUGAAUGACGAUGAUGAUCCGAACAAAGAAUACACUGUGUGUUGGUGUAACAAAUGUCAAAGGUCACAAUCACCGAGCAGAGUAUGGUGGGAGCUUGAAACAUACACAGCCACGCAUGUGGUAUUUGAUGCCAUUGAAGCAAGCGGCACGUCGUUAAAGUUGUUUUAUGAUAGAGAUGAGAGUCCAAAAGUCAUUAUCGAUAAGGUGAAAGUUGUGGAUGCCAAGCCCGACACCGACUUAUGUAGGUUGAGAGGGGUGACAUGUGACGAAAAUGUAGGCCCAAAGUUGUUGGAACUCUGGCAAGAGUAUUACGAUGUCUGGGAACGUGUCUUCGACAAAUAUGACAAGACCAGAAACGUGGACAGGCUGACCUUUAUAGUGUCACAUCCUCACGGCUGUCCGAAGCAGGUCAGCAUCGGUCAGUGGAAAGAGAAGCAAGAAAAUGGUAGACAAAGAAAGCGCUUUACCUACACCACAUGUACAUGUCCAGGAAGCAGUGGAGCCUUUGUCCACUGCGUGGGAUUCGGUGGCUGGUGGGCUAACCAACUUGUUCAUACUGGAUGCACAGAGCAAAGUGGCUUUAAUUAUAGCGGUAUUGGCGAUGUCGUGUAAGUAUUAAUCUAACGAAAGAGGUGCAAGUGGUCAUUGCUAGUCUUUCAAAUGAUUAAUACUUAAUGGAGACUUUUUUUUUUAAUGUAUAUACAUGAUAUAUAUUUUUUUAUAAAGCUUAUAUCAACUCGUUCUGUCUGUCUGAUAAAAAAUAUGUACACGAUAUAUCUCCAAAAUCCAUUAUAGGAUCAAGUUGAAACUUUGCAGAAUCAUUCAUUGGCAUAGACAAGACUUUAUUAUCUAAUUAGUAAUUAACCAAUUGGUAAUUACUUAUUGUCUAUACCAACAAGGAAAAUGAAUCAUUUAGUAUUCAGAUGAUACAGCUAAUUAUGUAUGGUUUCGUCCCAUUAGAGAAUUGAACACGUGAUUUCUCCCGUGAACAUUCCUGGAUCAAGUUGAAACUUUAAACGAUUUUUAUUGUAUCUAUCAAAGCAAACUUUAAACGAUUUUUAUUGUAUCUAUCAAAGCAUGAAUUAAUUUAAAAAUUAACGAAUUAGUCAAUUAAUUAUUGUUGAUUAAGUAUUUUGUUUGAUAUGGAAUAAACGAAGUAACUUCUACAUUAUUGAGUGAUAUAGCUGUAUGUGCGGAGUUUUUUCCCUUAGAUACGUUUUUGUUUUGUUUUGUAUUUAAAGGAUAUUUUUUUUUUGGGGGGGGGUACAAUUUUAUAUUCGUAUUUACUGUAAAGCAGUUAGCAGCAGUUAAUAGAGCAGUGAGAUUCAUAACAAACGAAUAUUCACAUUUGACUAGAGUAACACCGAUAGUAAAAUCACUAAAUUAGGAAAGCCCUCAGGAAAGUAGCAAAUU